AUGUGGAAUCCGAUGCAUAGAUUAUUGAGGGAAGCUAUUAAGGUGAGUUUUUUAAGGGCUUCAUUUUGAUACUAAAUAUGUACUGUGCGGUAGGUUGCGGUCUACAUUUUAGACCGCAAGCUUCCUCUUUAGCACCCACGCGGAUUGCUAUGACGUUUACCAUAUCAUAGUAAUCCACGUGGCCGCUGCGCGGAAGCUUGCGGUCUACACUCGCUCCGCUCGAAAAAAAUUGACGAUAGGUUCCCCUGUGAGGAAUCUUGAAAUGUUCCAUAAAACCUCGAUUUUUCAGUGAAAAACGAAUUUUUAGGGAAAAUUUCAGAUGCGGCGGGUUCCAAAGCAUUUUCAGGUAGACCGCAAGCUUCCGCGCAGCGGCAAGGUUAGGCUAACUUUCUAGAUGUUAUAGUGAAUACAUAAGUAGGCGUAUUUAAUUUGCUAAUGAAGUUAGGACAACUCUAAAAACCUCCCAUUUUCCAGAAAUAUCCAACCCACGAGCUAAUAUUCACUGGACAUUCGUUGGGCGGAGCAAUUGCUUCAAUAGCUUCCACGGCUUUCGUUCGAAAUCAUCCCGAAAUUGGAAAUCGAACGAGUUUGAUCACUUUUGGACAACCAAGAGUUGGAAAUUUGGAAUAUGCACAAAAACAUGAUGAAUUGUAG